AUGAGGAUGAACGCAAAGAUGGAAAGAACUACCAAAUAUAUAUCAGAAAUUAGCUUGGAAGUAGAUAGGCUUGCUGGUCAACUGCUUAAAUUGGAUAGCAUAAUGGUUGAUGAAGAUGUUAAAAUGAAAAGGGAAAUGCAGGUAAAAAGAGUUCAAGCGUAUGUUGAAACUCAGGAUAUGUUAAAAAUUAAGAAUUCGAUGGCUAGUACUAAUGAGGAUUAUGCACCAAGAAAGCCUCAACACAAGCAUUCAAAUAGGAAAAGGCUGGCACCAAUUCAAGAGCAACCACAAAGUGUGUCAAAUGGGCAUCAUAAAUUAGCACCAAAUCAGGAGCAACAACAACAUAAAUCCUUAAGGCAUUCUACUUCAAAAGUAGUAGUUACCACAAAAUGGGAGACAUUUGAUCUUUACCACCAUUAUUUCCGGACACUUCCACCACACCCACAUCUAGCUCAGUGA